GUUCUCGGAAGCCCGUGAGAGCAUCGCGGCUGCUCUCAGUCGGGGCUUCGAUGCCACCCCUAUGCUCCCCGAGCUCCGGCGGAUCACGGAGGAUCUUGGCUCGCUGCCAAAGAGCAGCCGCUCUCUGCUGAAGAAAGUUGAUGUUUGCAUUGCGGAACGGCGGGCAUCCGCGUCUGCUGCCGUGCUCCUGGAGUGCGUGCAGUCCCUCGCCGACAGUCUACAGCUCCUGCACUUGCACAGGCUGGCGGGUUUCUCGGGACUUCCGGUUGGAGAAGAGGAGCACGCGGAUGUGCCCGCAGCUGCUGCGCGUGCGCGGGGCGACCUCUUCUUUGAAGACACGGCCGGCGACGUGCCUCUGGAGAGCCUUCUGGCAGGCGGCAGUGCGGCUGCAUUGGAG